AUGCAUGAAGACGAAGGUUACUCUCUAGGUAGCGUUCCACAAGAGCUCGGCCGCCUAAAGCAUCUUGACGAACUUAGUUUGGGCUCCAAUGGCCUAACUCGAUCCAUACCAGCCCAAAUAUUCAACAUCUUGACACUGCGAGUACUGGACCUAUCGGACAAUACGCUUUCUGGAAGGCGUCCGUCAUCCAUGGGUCAUGGAUUGAUCAACCUUGAAUGGCUUGUUCUCGAUUCGAAUGAGUUGGAUGGAGUGAUACCAGCCUCAAUCUCAAAUGCGUCUAAGCUGACUAUUUUAGGGUCGAUUGGAAAUAGAUUCAGCGGUCCAGUUCCAAACUCUCUUGGAAACCUAAGACUUCUAAGAGUAUUGGGUCUCGUUGAUAAUCAUUUGACAACUGAACCUUCAUCGAGAGAAUUGAGCUUUAUCAGUUACUUAACAAAUUGUAAGUAUCUGAAAAUUUUAGACUUUUCUGAAAAUCCGCUGCAUGGUUUUCUUCCGAUGUCAAUUGGGAAUCUCUCAACUUCUAUGGAGAGAUUCUAUGCAUAUGGUUGCGGAAUCAAGGGAAGCAUUCCCGAUGCAAUUGGGAAUUUGAGCAGCCUAAUGAUUUUGAGUCUAGAUGGAAAUCACCUGAGUGGGACCGUUCCGAGCACAAUGGAAUACUUGCAAAAUCUUCAAGGUUUGGAUUUGAGUGCUAAUCAAUUAAGUGGUUCAAUUCCAGAUUCCAUUUGCAAGUUAAAGAGAUUGUCCCAAAUCUAUCUGGGGCAAAACCAGUUUCGUGGGUCAAUGCCAUCAUGCUUAAAUAAUAUUAGUUCCCUGAGAGUAGUAACGCUAUUAGAUUUGUCAGGAAAUCACCUUAAUGGGAAUAUUCCAAGUUCCUUAAGAGGCUUGCAAAGUUUAGCAACGCUUUCAUUAGCACAAAAUAAACUUCAGGGACCUGUUCCAGACUCUCUCAAUCAGAUGUUAAGCUUGGAAUUUUUAGAUCUAUCCAAUAAUAAUCUAUCAGGUCCAAUACCAAAGUCCUUGGAGACACUUUUAUAUCUCAAAUACAUUAAUCUUUCUUUCAACCACUUAAGAGGAGAAAUUCCCUCCAGUGGUCCUUUCAAGAACUUCACAUAUGAAUCAUUCAUGUCUAAUGAUGACUUGUGUGGCGCUCAGAGAUUUCAUGUUCCUCCAUGUGGUUCUCCUCGGAUUCACAAAUCCAGUCAGAAGAAAGUAUUUCAUAUGCUAGGCAUUCUAUCAGGUAUUGCAGCAACAAUAAUUGCUCUUACAACUGCUGCAAUUUUACUUUUAAGAUGCCAAAGGAAGGAUGAGGCUUCAAGAAAUACUGAUUUGUUGCCCAUGGGAUUGCCAAAAAUGAUUUCAUACUAUGAACUUGUGCAAGCAACCAAUGGUUAUGAUGAAAGCAAUUUGCUUGGCAAAGGGAGUUUUGGAUCUGUAUAUAAGGGUAUUUUGACGGAUGGGACAGUUGUAGCCGUGAAAGUUUUCACUUUACUAGCAGAAGUCACUUCCGGGAGUUUUGAUACAGAGUGUGUAGUUCUACGCAACCUUCGCCAUAGAAACCUAACCAAAGUGAUUGGUAGCUGCUCUAACUUGGACUUUAAAGCCUUGGUGCUUGAUUAUAAGUCCAAUGGGAGCCUUGAGAAAUGGUUGUACUCCCACAACCAUUGCCUGGAUCUGCUGCAAAGGAUAAGCAUAAUGAUGGAUGUUGCUUCCGCAUUGGAAUAUCUCCAUUUUGGUUAUACAACACCAGUGGUUCACUGCGAUCUGAAACCUAGCAACAUAUUACUCGAUGAAAGUAUGGUUGCUCAUGUGAGUGAUUUUGGUAUGGCAAAGUUUUUGGAUGAAGAAAAUAGUGUUCUGCAUACCAAGACACUUGCAAUGCUUGGAUACUUGGCACUGGUUUGGCAUAUUUGA